AUGGACGUCGAGUAUGGAGGUUCGAGGAGCUUCAGCAGAUACAUGUGGCGAAAGGAGGAAAAAAUACCGCUCAGUUACAACAAAAAAUAUAGCGCAGAGAUAGAGCAAGCGGAGGGAAAGGAUAAGAAGAAGGAUAACCGCGAAGACUCGAGGAGCAAUCGCCCGCUGUUCACCAACUGCAAUUUUUACAUUGACGAUUUUGUAAGUCUCUUUUCGCUUUACAACUCGUGUGAUAAGGGUCAUAACGAGGAUGAAGAGGGAGAGGGCGAUAGAGCUGGUGAUGGCGAUGGCGAGGGCGAGGGCGAUAGAGAUGACGAUAGAGAUGACGAGGGGGAGAGCCCUUCCCAAAGGACAACUCUGCACAGGGGCGAGGAACACAAAGUGGGCCUCCACAACGAAUGGAAUCAUUUCACCAACCAUGCGGAGGACAAGACAGUAGACAGGUACUACAACAACCUCAACAGUCAGGCGAAAUGUAGUACGCCCUAUAACAACUGCGGCUUGGGUGCUGAGAAUAAUUAUGUUAAUUUUUUGGGUAGUGACUUUGAAAGGGCAGAGUUGACAAGGCUACACGAUCGCCCCAUUCAAGAAGCAGACAUCAGUUUAGACAGGACCCCAGCAAAAAGCACCCACUACGAUUUGGCAGAAAUUUUGGAAGAUAAAGAUACCAAUAGGGAAAUGAACCAGUUUGAUAUCUUCAUGAGGAGCUACAAAAAAAGCUACGAAAAGGGCUACGGAAAAGGCUACGAAAAGAGCUACGAAAAGAGCUACGAAAGAGCGUCCACGAGGAAGCGAAAUGUACAUGCUUCCUACAUCAACAAGAAAGAGCAGAUAGAAAUAAUGAUUGUACAAAAUGGGGGGGUUAUACAUAAUGCCUUAACAAGCAAGGUGACUCACAUAAUUAGCAACAAUAUGGCAUUAGGGUCAAAAAAAUACAUGGAUUAUAAAAAGGCAGUUAAAAAGUCGAAAGUUUUUAUAGUGGUAGAUAAGUACAUUUUCGAUUGCGUCAAAUUUCAGUGCAGAUUUCCAGAGCAGUCCUACUUACCUUCAUUGCUACGGAAGAAAACCCUAACGGACCGCAUAACGCCCAGCGACAAACAUCUGCUAAUGUUGAAUAUGAACAUGAGCUACGCAAAUGUAAAGAAGUACAUUGUGUAUAACUCGUAUGAGUAUUUCAAAAGGCUGCGCAUAAUUUACCUGAACAAGGAGUUAAAGGAAAAUGCCUUCCCCAAUGUGGGUCCCAAUCUUUACAUUAAUAGGGACACGUUUGAAGACUUUUCGAGGAAGCAUAGAAUAUUGAGUCAUCUGAGUGAGCAGGAAAUUAAUUGGAUUAAAAAAAAGAGCGAGUUGAAUAUAAAUGUAAAGAACGUAUGGGAAAAUGACAUUAUUCAUUUUUUCUUCGAUAUUGUGUUGAAGACGAAGGGUCACCACGAAGUGGGAGCUCCCGUGGGGGGGAGAGCAGCUGGGGAGGAGCAAGCCGAGCGAUUCGCCCGCAAGAGUGAGGAUGUUAGCAGUGUAGGAGGUAGCGGAGGAGGUAGCGGAGGAGGAAGAGAAGGAAGAAGCGAAGGAGGUAGCGGAGGAAGUAGCGAAGGAAGAAGCGAAGGAAGAAACGGAAAUAACCACCUCGUCGGCGGGGAAUACGUCUCGGAAAAACUAAUCGAAAGCGUGAGCGACUACCUACACAACUCCCGGCUGUACAUUCUAGGGAACUGGAACUACAUAAGUAGUGAGUUUUUUAAAUUUGAAGACAUAAACGAAAAGGACAAGCGGAAGUGCGUCUACCUCUACAUUGACUUCGACAACUACUUCCUAAAUGCAAGUCUUAAGAGCGCAUGUGAACAGUAUGGGAGGAACAAAAAAAAAAUAGAUAACCACGAAAUAUUAUGUGUGUGUCAUAGCUUGAAGAAGGAGGAGAGUUAUGGCAUUAUAAGUGCUACCAACUAUUGGGGGAAGAAAAACAAAAUCCUCAAGGGGAUGGUAAAAGGGGAAGUCACUAAAAUGCAUAAAGGAAACAUCCGUUUUGUGAAGUAUGAUUUUUCUAACAUCCUAAGGUGUAGUUAUUUGUUUCUACUCGUCCUCAUUAACUACUCAAAAAAUGUGAGGGUAUUAUCAGUCGAUGAGUCCAUUCUCCAAUUAUUUUACGAAUCUGAGGAGGAGAUUUUCUUAACGGCUAAACAGAUAGCGGAAGAUAUUUACAGCUUGACCAACCUUAGUGUGUCCAUAGGAAUUUCUUCUAACUUGUCCAUGUCUAGGAAAGCUCUAAAAUUUUGCAAAAAACGCACCACAUCUGACUGUACCACUUCUUACCCCACCACUUGCAACCUCUCCGAUUUGUACUUCCUCAACGCCAUGAAGGAGAAAAGGGACCCACAGGUAGACUCCAUUUUUAACAAGUUCGUCCAAGCCAACCGAGCUAACUUGGAACACAUAACGAACACCUUCUUCGACCGAGUCAUCCAUCCCAUAAGUAGAUUCUUCUUUUUCUACAAAAAAAAUCAGCACUACUUAGACGUAUUAAGACAGAUAAAUUAUUUAAAUGGUCAGUUUAUUCAUUUCAACGUUUAUCAUUUGCCUGUGGAUGAGAGAGCGCCUGCCUUACCAUGUGAUGAUCUGUCGGAAGCCAUUUUGAUAAGAUUAAAAAAAAGAUAGAUGACGAAGCAGUUGUAUAUCCGAUUAAGAAUUAAAAAGCUCAAAGCCAAGUGUCUACAUGUGCAUUUUUUUCUCAAGGAGGAAAACGAAAAUGUGAAUCCGGUGAAAUACUUGGGGAGGGGAAAGGUCGUCAGGGUGAGCAGUAGAAUUAAGCUCACCCAUUACACGGACAAUUUUUUUGUAUAUUUUUUCAAAGUUAUUUACUCUUUCGAUGCCCUGGCUAGCAGCUUGAGCGACCUCAGAGGCGUUCAAAUGGUGUGCUCCGACGUCGUGAGCGCCGACACGCUCCACGCCCUUGGCAAGAGAAGCAUUCUGUUCUACUUCCCCGUGGGGGGGAGGGAAAACAUGAAGUCAGUGCAAGGGGCCAAGCUGGGUGCAGUGCAAGGGGCCAAGCUGGGUGCAGUGCAAGAGGCCAAGCUGGGUGCAGUGCAAGAGGUCAAGCUGGGUGCAGUGCAAGAGGUCAAGCUGGGUGCAGUGCAAGAGGUCAAGUUGGGUGCAGUGCAAGAGGUCAAGCUGGGUGCAGUGCAAGAGGUCAAGCUGGAACCAGCUGAAGGGGCCAAAGCCAUCGCACCCAACAUGGGAGACGCGCAAGUCCAUCCCGCCUGGGGGAAGAACGCCAAAGACGCCGAGAAAAGGGCGACGCAUGUGCCGCGCCAUCAUCGCUGUGGCCGUGGUGGGAACGCCAAGCCCAGGAAAUCCCUCCCCCUGAUCGAUGACAAACGCGCGAAAAGCAUCCUUUGCUACUUUUUCAACACGAAAAAUGAAACGGAGGCUGAGAAAAAGGUCGACAUAUCGAGCGAUAAAUGUGUCCCCUGCAACAUGCUCAAGAAAAUAAAAAUCACAAGAAAUUAUAAAAUUUUAGACUUUUUCCCGAGCAUUUUGGUGAAGCGAAAAAGACAAAGCAAUACCACCACUGGGCAUAAUGAUCAUGUGAAUAAAUGGAUAGGCGGAAAUGCGCUAAUGACGGACAAAAACAUAUUCGAUAGCAUAAUGAACAAAAGGGUGAAGAAGGAGGCUCAUAUUAAGGAGGAAUUCAAUUGCUGUUACGUUAGUUAUAGGAACAUCCUUGAGAAUGUGAUGGAAAAACAGAAAGGCAUAACCACCAUGCGUGACAGUCAGCAUGUGUGUGCAAACGAAUCCGUGAAUGAUACCAUUUUUUGCCACUCCAACAUCAUUCCCUCUCUCUAUUCAAUGAAUCGAGAAAGCGAAAAAGGCAUCCUUUACACCUAUACCAAGAAAAUAAUUUCUUCCUACAUUUCCCAUUUUAACAAAUUAUUUCACAAUCACGACUGCCGAAAUGAUGCAACCGAUAGGUAUUACCUCCUGAAAUUCGUUGCUGCCGUUGUGGACAGCUUAUGUGAGGAGUUGCACCGCAGGAGGCUUCUCGACGUGCUUCACAAAUUUUUGAAAAAUUUUAAGCACGUUUGGUGCUUCAGCUGUGGCGAAGAGGAAAAGGAGAAGGGGGGCGAUAAGGGUGAAAAGGGCGAGAAGGGCGAUAAGGGUGAGAAGGGCGAGCAGGGUGAGAAGAGCUCCUUCCCACCGCUAUUUCACCGAACGAUGGUGAAGUACGGCGUGUGUUAA